AUGGCAGAAUGCAUUAAGGAAGCUGCCAGAGAGGUUCUAGAGGUCUCGAAGGGUUACAAUGGUGGUCGUAAAGAGACUGGUGGUGGAAUGGAAAGGUCCAAAGAAAGGAGGGGAGAGGCUGUUCAGACUAGCCAAGGUGAGAGAGAGAGAGAGAGAAAGGCCCAUGAUUUGGACCAAGUGAAGUGCAUCAAGGAUGAAGAAGGUAGAGUAUUGUUGGAUGAGGCGCAUAUCUGUCGGAGAUGGAAGACUUACUUCCAUAGCCUCUUGAACAUGGAUGGGAACAGAGACAUUAUUCUUGAUGAUUUGGGAUCCUCCGAGAGUCGUUGUGACUUUGGGUAUUGCAGGCGGAUUAGAAUUGAAGAGGUUGUAGGGGCUCUGCGUAAGAUGACCAGGGGCAGAGUAACCGGGCCAGAUGAAAUCCCAGUGGAGUUUUGGAAGAGUGUAGGCAGGGAAGGCUUGGAGUGGCUUACUAGGUUAUUUAAUGUUAUUUUUAGGACGAAAAAGAUGCUCGAAGAGUGGAGAUGGAGCACGAUGGUUCCUUUGUAUAAGAAUAAGGUUGAUAUCAAAAAUUGCAACAACUAUCGGGGUAUUAAGCUGCUUAGUCAUACUAUGAAGGUGUGGGAGAGGGUGGUGGAGCUAAGGGUGAGGAGAAGGGUGUCUAUUUUCGAGAACUAG